AUGUCAGAUAUUUACUUGAAUUCAGAGAUGCUGCUUCAACAACUCAACAAUACUGUUCAGGAAUACUUGGCGGAUUGGGUUAAGAAACAACAUUUCCUAUUCAACAAUCAAUCUCAGAUAGUGGUGGACCAGAUUCAAAGCAAUCCCAAGAUGGCCGCUACGACGACGGCCCUGGCUGCUCUCUUUACAACGUAUGUCUUCUUCAAAUUACUGUGGGGCUCAUCCAAUGGAGAAUCCCAUAGGCCAUCUAAAUUCUCUGUGCCUGUACCUGAUGCAGCUCAAACCCAUUGGAAGGGAAAGAGACUUUUCCCCACUAGUAUACGUGAUCCAGAGAACCCUGGCAUUAUCCAGGCCUACUGUCCUGCUACCGGCCAGUUCCUGGGUAAGUUUUCUUCCAAAACCACCAAAGAUAUUGACGAAAUGAUCUUUCAAGCUUCAGAUGCCCAAAAGGAAUGGGGCAGCUCGUCAAUGGCUCGUAGAAUCAGAGUGCUAGUAUCUCUCAAGAACUUCAUAUUGGAAAAUCAAGAUCUGAUCGCCCACGUUGCCUGCAGAGAUUCUGGUAAGACUAAAUUAGAUGCUUCCAUGGGUGAAAUUAUGGUUACGUUAGAGAAAUUACAAUGGACUAUUCAACACGGUGAACGUGUGUUGACACCAUCUAAACGUCCAGGUCCCACAAAUUUCUUCAUGAAAUUUUACAAAGGUGCCGAAGUUCGUUACGAACCAUUGGGUGUAGUUAGCGCUAUUGUGUCUUGGAAUUAUCCCUUCCACAAUCUGUUGGGUCCUAUCAUAUCUGCGCUUUUUACCGGAAAUGCAGUUGUGGUCAAAUGCUCUGAGCAAGUGGUUUGGUCUUCAGAAUUUUUUACUGGAUUAGUACGCAAAUGCCUUGAAGCUUGUGGUGAAAAUCCAGAAUUAGUUCAACUGUUUUACUGUUUGCCCCCUUCCGAAAAUGAUGAUGCUGCUAACUAUUUCACUGCCCACCCAAAACUUCAACACAUCACUUUCAUCGGUAGUCAACCGGUAGCUCAUCAUAUCUUAAAAAACGCUGCUAAAAGUUUGACGCCAGUCGUCGUAGAGCUGGGCGGUAAAGAUGCAUUCAUCAUCCUCGAUUCUGCCAAGAAUUUAGCAGCACUGUCAUCGAUUAUCAUGCGUGGUACUUUCCAAUCAUCCGGCCAAAAUUGUAUUGGUAUUGAGAGGGUCAUAGUCGCGGAUUCCAAUUACGAGUCUCUCGUGAACAUUUUGCAAGAUCGUAUGACUAACCAUCCUCUACGGUUGGGUUCUGAUAUCGAUCAUUUGGAGGAGGUAGAUAUGGGGGCCAUGGUUUCGGAUAACAGAUUUGAUCAAUUGGAGCUAUUAGUUAAAGACGCAGUGGCUCAUGGUGCGAGAUUACUCUAUGGAGGCUCUCGUUAUAGUCAUCCAAAUUACCCUCAAGGUCACUAUUUCUUGCCAACUUUACUGGUAGACGUGACUCCUGAAAUGAAGAUUGCUCAAGAAGAGGUUUUUGGCCCUAUCUUAGUCUUGAUGAGAGCCAAGAAUACCAAACAUGCAAUUGAAUUAGCCAAUUCAGCACCAUUUGGUCUUGGUGGAUCGGUGUUCGGUAGUGAUUAUAAAGAAUGCGAUUACGUCGCUAACAAGCUAAAGACUGGUAGUGUUGCAAUCAAUGAUUUCGCAACUUAUUACGUUUGUCAGUUACCGUUUGGUGGUAUCCAUGGAUCUGGAUUCGGUAAGUUUGGUGGGGAAGAAGGUCUCCUAGGCCUUUGUAAUGCAAAGAGCAUUUGCUAUGAUGUUUUACCAUUCGUGUCUACACAAAUCCCCAAACCUUUAGAUUAUCCCAUUAAAAGCAGCCGAAAAGCAUGGGGAUUUGUUAAAAGUUUUAUUACAGGUUCUUAUGCGAUGUCUACUUGGCAACGCAUCAAAUCUUUAUAUUCGAUGGCGAAAAACGCUAAUUAA